AUGCCACAGCUUAUCUGGUUAGUGACGGCUACAACGUCGGGGCUCGGUGCAGCAAUCGUCCAGCACCUCACAGCCCGGGGUGAUCGUGUCAUCGCAACAGGCCGUAACGCAGAUGCACGCCUCGGCAAUCUCAAGUCAGACAACGUUGCUGUCCUUGAGCUCGAUGUCACCGCCCCGCAACAGCAAAUCGAUGCACAAAUCGAGAAGGCCUGGCAACUCUGGGGACAUAUUGAUGUUCUUCUCAACAACGCUGGAGUAUCAGCACCCAAGAGCAUCGAAGAAGCUACCGACGACUUUGUUCGCAGCAUCUUUGACGUGAACCUGUUUGGAACACUGCAUGUGUCCCAGGCCAUUCUCCCAUAUUUCCGAUCCCAGCGAAGCGGCACUCUCGCAUUUACCGGUGCUGGUGUAGGCUGGGGUCCGCUCCCAUUUCUGUCGCAUUACGCUGCAUCCAAAGUAGCUCUUGACAUCUUUGUCGAAGGUCUCGCAAAGGAAGUCAAAUCUUUCAACAUUAACUGCAUGAUCUUUGAGCCUGGCGGUUUCCCAUCUCAACUUGGAGCAGCACGAAAGGGUUCAGUAGAGGGCUUCGGAAAGUACCAGCCAUCGAUUGAGGCAUACAAGCCUCUCUUCGACGAGACGAUGAGGGUAUUCGCGUCCGAGAUUGUACCAAAUGUUCCUGGCGACAUUAACAAGCUAUCGGAACGCAUUGUUGACUACGUCAAAGGCGAAGCCGUGUGUGCUGGGAAGCCGAGGCCAUUAAGGGUCAUUCUUGGACGUGAUGCACUUCGUCUGAUCCAGCAGAAGUGCAAGGAGCAACUGGAACUUGCAAACCUCUGGGAGGACGUCAGCCUCAGUACUGACCGUGAUGGGCAUGACCACGCAGCAAGUCCGGGAAUGCUCCGAUUGACCUCAAUUUUGUAA